ACGUCUUUGUAUGAUUUACUGUGGAUCCUGGCCAGUGGGUCUGAAGUCUUUCUUUUAGCAGUUUCUCUUGUCGUUGGACAACUGUCUUUGUGUUUGCAAUAAGCGGUCGUGGUCUUCAAUGCAAGACAGUGCGGGUGGUGGAAUGCGAUGUUGUUGAGUGUCUCUGCAGGUAGUUUGAGUUGUGUGGUCAGGAAGUCCUUUACUGACUUUUCAGCAUCAUCUAGGGUUUGUUUAGGAAAACUAAAUUGUCUCUCAUGCUGUGAGCUUGUUAAUCCAGAAUCGUUCCUUUCAUGUCUUUGUGUUCUGUGCUAACAGAGGCAUGCUGCGUGGGAAGAGUGUUAACUGAGUGUCUUGUUGGCUUUGCCACAGUGACUGGAGUUCCCUGUGCGGGACAUGAGUGUGCCGCUCGCCUCUGUGCAGAAUGGUGGCUUGGGAGAUGUUGAUGGAACCCGAUAACGAGCUGGAGAGGGAGUCUGAACAGAGUCUUUUGCAGUUUGGACUAUCGUCUGUUUUGUCUUUGCUCAUGAUGCAAAGCUGGUUACACAUUUAUAUGGCUCCGAGUUGUCCAUGUCACUUGAUGUCCAGUUUGGAAAUGGAGAAAAGUAAAAGAAAAUGAUGCUGUGAGAGGUUCAGUUUAAAGGUGAUGAAUAUUUUUAUAAUUUCAAUAGCUUAUAUAACUUUGUAUGUGUGGCUCAUAGUGCCGAAUCAUCACCAGAUUCUGCAGUUUCUCUCAACUCUUUCAGUUCAUUGUUCCGGUUUUACAGCUAGCAACUUUACAGAUCUGGUUCAACGUCACCGCUCUCAGCAUCAUUUCUGCACUAAAAGGUCCGCAUGCCUUAAUGUAACGCUUCCAAUGUAAAAUUCAACAUCUGGACUUGAUUUGUCUGAGAGUAUGAACAGGAGGAAUGAUUACAGCAAGCAAAACCUGUUUCAUUGUACACGUGAGCACCCGACUACUGUUUCAAGAAAUACUUGAAAAACUGUGAACCUCUCCUUUAACCUUUACGCCAACUCAUCAGAAGCUGCAGUUACAGAUGGACCUGGUAACAAUAUUUGCAUUUCUGCUGUUCAGUCUCUGCUGGAAACUCAUUCACGUCACCUAAUGACACCCCAACAUGGGACAAACAUGCCCAGAAAGCACAUAUUUAUUCCGACCAGAGAGAAUUAAACAUUUAAUGGUUCAGGUGCUAAUAUUUUCCUAAACAAAGACAAAGAUUUACUCCAACCCUCCCAACUGAUGAAAACUCCUUCCGAUAAGGAUGGAUUGACCUUCCGAUUGCGGUUGUGACGUGAAGCUUUUUUGUCUGAUUGGGCUAUUAUUCUGAUAAUUAGUAUAACAUUAGGGUCCAUGUAAAUGCAGCUACUGUGAUGGUACAAGUGCGUGCGAGACACUCCUCCCAGUGUCAUCUGUAGCCAAGCAACAGACAGUGUCUCACCUGCACAGUGGGACCUGCUUCCUGCCUAAGCUUCUCCUGUUUGGACUGCUAUUAAGCUACCCAACUGUAAGCUUGUUUUUACCAUAAUCCCUUUAAAUAAAAAAAAAAAAGCAUCCAGUAUAUUGUUAUCUGAUUAUUUAUCUCAGUAUUUACUCUAUCAGUGACGUUGCCGGCCUCAAAUAUGCGAAUGUUUGGUGUGGAGCCAGCAGAUGACGAUUGUUGUCUGCUCCACUGUAAAUAUUUGCAUCCAUGCUGUGUCCAUAGUUCCCUAUUCGUAGCAUUGCACCACAGCUCAUAGGUCACUCUGGUCUGACGACAUACUGAUAUUUCCUAGGUUACGGAGGUGGAAGCUUGGCUGCAGUCAGACGCUAACGGCAGAGAAGUUGCAUCGUCUCACGGGAGAAGAAAGACGUGAGCUCACCUGAACAAGAUUAAGUGGGAGUCAUAAUGGUGAAACUUAAAGAAGAGCUCUGGACGACUCUAUUGGAACUAAAAGACGCCGAGUUCAAGCACUUCAAGUGGUUCCUGAAGCAUGAUGACAUCCUGGAAGACUUUUCAGGCAUCCCAGAGGCUUUUUUGGAGAAGGCAGAAAGGUGUUACACAGUGGAUCUAAUGGUACAGAAAUAUCAGGGUCCUGGAGCUCUGAAGGUGACCUUGAAGGUGUUAGAAAAGAUCUACAGGAACGAUCUGGUGCAGCGUUUGGAAAGACUUCAAGACCUCAACAACCAUGACUCUGUUCCUCUCAAAAGUGAUCAUGAAAGAAAGAAGGCCGAGCUGGGGGAUAAAAUUAAGCUGAUGAUCCAGGAGAGACAGAUGAAGAUCAGAGAAAUCAAACACUCCACAGAGCUCAGCAACAAAUCUGCAGACAAACAUGUCGCAGACAGCGAGCGGGUCUUCGCUGUUUUGUUGCAGUCUGUUAAGAGAAGUCUGACUUAUCUUAUCAAGGCAAUUAAUGAAAAGCGAAAAACAGCACAGAAACAGGCCGACGACUUCAUCCGAGAGCUGGAGCAGGAAAUCUCCGAUUUGACAAAGACAAGCAAUAAGAUGGAGCAACUCUCACGCACCGAAAACCACCUCAACGUCCCCUUUGCCUCACUUCCUCUCACCAAGAACUGGACAGAAGUCAGCGUCCCUCCACCGUCAUAUGGAGGAAGUGUCGGGACAGCUGUGAAUCAGCUGCAGGAAGAAUUCAGCAAAGAGAAAGAGAAGCUGAUCGCCAAGGCCAAGCUGCACAGGGUCCAGCAGUUUGCAAAGGAUGUGACUCUAGAUCCUGAUACAGCAAAUCCCAACCUCAUUUUGUCUGAGGACGGGAAACAGGUUUACUGUGGUGACGUAAAACAAAACCUCCCAGACAACCCAGAAAGAUUUAAUUGUGCCGCAAAUGUCUUGGGAAAGCAGAGCUUCUCUUCAGGAAGAUUUUACUACGAGGUUCAAGUUGAAGGGAAGACUUCUUGGGAUUUAGGUGUCGUCAAAGAGUCUAUCGACAGAAAGCUAUCGGUCACAGCGAACCCUACAAAUGGCUACUGGACGAUAUGUUUAAGGGAUGCAGAUAAGUACAGAACGGCUGCUGUCCAUCUCAGUGUAAAAUAUCCGCCAAAGAAGGUGGGUGUGUUUGUGGAUUACGAGAAGGGUUUGGUCUCCUUUUUUGACGUAGAUUCUGCAGACCUUAUCCACUCCUUUACUGACUGUUCCUUCACGGAGAAACUCUACCCAUUCUUCAGCCCCGGUCUUCAUUAUGAGGGCAAAAACUCAACCCCUCUGAUCGUCUCCCCUGUCAAUUACACUGAUUAGAUUUUCAGCAACUUCACUACUUCCCCAUAAACUUCAAUAUAUUCAUGUUCAUAUAUUUUGCUAUUUAUGUAUUUUAUCUGUUUUUAAAUGUACAUAACUUCUGGUUUUAAGUGUCUUUGAGUGUCCUGAAAAGUGCUAUAGAAAUAAAAUGUAUUAUUAUUAUGAUUAUUACUAAUAAUACGAGAAGAGUAGCUUUGAAACUGUCAGAAAAUGUACUGGGGUUUGGUUGUAGUAACAGAUUGUGCCACUAGAUGGUGCCACUUUCUCUUUGAUGAAAUGGAGUUACAGAUUCUGCCUCACUCUGCUCACUGCUACAGUCUCCAGAGUGAUUAUUUCCCCUGAGGAAGGAGUUGGGAUGUGCAUAUUGAUAUUCAACCACUAAUGUGUGUAUAUAGAAGGUACUACCUGGCAUUGUAUGGUUAAUGAAUACCGCACAAUAAAGUAACAGUGUGAAAAUCCC